GACGUUUUCAACAGAUAAACAUUGAAACUGGUGUGAAAGAUCAUUUCACUGUGUUCUGCUGUAAACUGAGCACAGAACCAGAGGAAAUAGACCAGACCUUGAAUAUCUAGAAGAGCAGUGUGGCCUGAACCACAACUGAGCCGCAGCCGGUGCAACAUGGACGAGGACACUUCAGAGCAAGUUGGACCCUCACACACAAAAGGUCAGGACCACAGACUGAGAAGAGAGUCUCCAGGGUCCAGCUGUCUGUCUCUGAAGAGUGACUGGUCCAUGGGACAACCUCCACUCUUCAGUAAUGAACCUGGACCCUCACACACAGAGGAGAGGAAGAGGAGUCAUGUUUCUGAGGAGGAGCAGUCGUCCUGCUGUGCUUCGUGUCAGGACGUCCUGAAGGAUCCAGUCUCCACCAGCUGUGGACACUGGUUCUGCAGACAGUGCAUCACCUCAUACUGGGACCAGUCUGGUUCUUCAGGAGACUCCUCCUGUCCCCAGUGUGGACAAAGAUCCAGAACAGGAGCUGGAGAUCGUGGUCUGCAGGAGGUUUCAGAUGAACAUAAGCUCAGUGUGAGGAGGAGAUGUGAACAUGUGACUGAAGGAGGUGAUGAAACAGGAAGUAGAACCCUCCUCAACAGGAUCUACACUGAGCUCCACAUCACAGAGGGACAGAGUGAAGAGGUUAAUACUCAACAUGAGGUGAGGCAGCUUGAGACGGCUUCCAAGAAGAAGAUCCUCCACGACACUCCCAUCAAGGUCCAGGACAUCUUUAAAGCCUCCACUGACCAGCAGAGCAGCAUCAGAGUCGUCCUGACCAACGGCGUCACUGGCGUUGGAAAAACCUUCUCGGUGCAGAAGUUCACUCUGGACUGGGCAGAGGGUUUAGAGAACCAGGAUGUGGGUCUGCUGGCUGUGCUUUCGUUCAGGGAGCUGAACCUGGUGAAGGACCAGCAGCACAGUCUUCUCACGCUGCUCCAUGUUUUCCAUCCAGCGUUACAGAAGCUCACGGCAGAGACGCUCGCUGUCUGUAAACCUUUGUUCAUCUUUGAUGGCCUGGAUGAAAGCAGACCUUCUCUGGACUUCAACCACAGGGAGCUUGUGUCUGAGGUCACACAGAGGUCAUCAGUCAACGUGCUGCUGACAAACCUCAUCCGGGGGAAUCUGCUUCCCUCGGCUCUCGUCUGGAUAACCUCCAGACCUGCGGCGGCCAAUCAGAUCCUUCCUGCAUGUGUUGACAGGGUCACAGAAGUACGAGGCUUCACUGACGCCCAGAAGGAGGAGUACUUCAGGAGGAGAUUGAGUGAUGAAGAGCUGUGCAGCAGAAUCAUCUCACACAUCAAGACGUCCAGGAGCCUCCACAUCAUGUGUCAAAUCCCAGUCUUCUGCUGGAUCAGUGCUACAGUUCUGGAGCACAUGUUGACCACAGACCAGAGAGGAGAGCUGCCCAAGACCCUGACUGACCUGUACUCACACUUCCUGCUGGUUCAGACAAAGAGGAAGAACAACAAGUACGGUGAGGGACAUGAGACGACUCCACAGCAGCUGACGGAGGCUGACAGGGACGUUCUCCUGAAGCUGGGGAGGCUGGAACUGAAACAUCUGGAGGAAGGAAACAUCAUGUUCUACCAAGAAGACCUGGAGCGGUGUGGUCUUAAUGUCACAGAGGCCUCGGUGUACUCAGGAGUUUGUACUGAGAUCUUCAGAAGAGAGUGUGUGAUCUUCCAGAAAUCCGUCUACUGCUUUGUUCAUCUGAGCGUUCAGGAGUUUCUGGCGGCAGUCUACAUGUUCCACUGUUACACCAAGAGGAACACAGAAGAACUCAACAACUUCUUGGGAACAGAUGAGGACACAGACAGUACCUUCUACCUGGAUGACCUCCUGUGGAGAACCAUGUAUAAAUCCCUCAGCAGUACAAAUGGUCAUCUGGACCUGUUUGUUCGCUUCCUUCACGGCCUCAGUCUGGAGUCCAACCAAGAGAGUCUUAGGAGGCCUGCUGGGUCGGACAGGGAACAAUCCAAAUAUCAUCCAGAGAGUCCUAGGAGGCCUGCUGGGUCGGACAGAGAACAAUCCAGAGAUCAUCCAGAGAGUCAUCAACAACCUGAAGGAGAUGAAGAGUGAUGACAUUUCUCCUGACAGAAGCAUCAACAUCUUCCACUGUCUGACUGAGAUGAACGACCACUCAGUUCAUCAGCAGAUGAAACAGUUCCUGACGUCAGAGAACAGAUCGAAGGAGAAACUCUCUGAGAUCCACUGCUCAGCUCUGGCCUACAUGCUGCAGAUGUCAGAGGAGGUUCUGGAUGAGUUGGACCUGAAGAAGAAGUUCAGAACAUCAAAACAGGGUCGACGGAGACUGAUCCCAGCUGUGAGGAACUGC